AUGGAUCUUUCGGCUUCACUCCAAAAGUGCGAGCAGUCUCAGGGAGAUAAGAAAAGAACAAAUGAGGGCGUUUCUGUCAUAUUGGAGCAGCAAAAAGCAGUUGAGGAAGCCAUGAAUGCUCCAUUGAGAAGAUUUAGGUUGGAGCCCGUCAGUAUUGAUACACUUAGUGGCCAACCUUUAGUAACAAAGAUGUGGGUCACAGAUGAAGCGUAUUUGAAAACGCAGAAAAAGGAGAAGGAGGUUUACAAAUGUGAAGUUUGCAAUAAAACAUUUGAUAAGCGUCAGAAAAUGUUGCUACAUGCACGAUUUCACACAAAAUAG